AAAAAGAAGAGGUUCAAGUCCAAUGUUGCUCGAGUUUGCAUACUGAUGCGAUGUAAAGACAGUUAUGUAAAGUGUAAAGAAGUGUAGGUCAGUAGGUUUUAUGUAGAUUAUACAUCUGAAAAAUUAUAUUCCACGACUAAUCUCGUAAACGUUUACAUGAUAUGGACGUGUGAUGACAGUAUAGGAAACUGCAAAAAUGUAUUGUGCAUUAGGAAGAUGUUUUUGCAGGAAAGAUGCAGUAAGAGCUUUAAGUACGGGUGAAAUAUCCACUGCACUGCGACCUUUUUAUUUUACCGUUCACCCCGAUCUUUUUGGACAAUAUCCCACGCAAAGAACAGUAAAUGAAAAUUCUUUAAAACAACUAAGUUCUAUUAUAGAAAGUUUACAACAACAAAGACCAAUAAGACCUACCACUUUACCAUUUUAUUUACGCUCAAAAAAUGAAAAGGAACUCAAGGCUGGAAAAUUUACUUUGGUACAGAUACAGUUGAAAGAAAAGGAUUUAAGACAAACUAUACUUUCUAUCUUGAAGACAUGUGAUUUGCCAACAACGUUUGUAGAUCAAAUUGAAGAACAAAAGCCACCAGAUAGUACAAAGUACAAGUCAAGAUAUUGGCAAAGAAAAGGAGCUGGGGAAGAUAUAGAUUUCUCAGAACUAGAAGAUGAUCCUAUUUAUGCAUCUAUUUUAAUGAAAAGAAAAAUUAAUUCAGAACCUGAUGCUCUUAAGGCAUAUUUAGAUAAACACAUUAAUGAAGUACAUGUGAAGUUAGAAGCAUGUAGACCAAUGAGAGAAGAAGUACAAAAGUUAGAAAAGAUAUUAUGUUCUGAAUUAGGUUUGAAAAAUAUUAUAUGGGACUGUGGAUGGAACAUAGCUCAUUACAGGGGAUGUUUAUUAGCUUUUAAAGCAUUAGCUGAACAUCAUCCUGAACCAAUGGAAGUACUCAAAAAUAGGACACUUGUCUUUGCCAAUGAUACAGGCAUAAGUGUAGAGGGAAAUGUUAUGUUAAAUUCAGGUGAAGUUAGACACAAUUGGCUUGAUUUAAUCAAGAACAUUCAAAAGUAUGAUGUGGUAUUAUUUAGAUUACCAGCUUUCGAAAAGGCAGUUUCACAAGUGCUUCUUGACAUUAAAGUUGGUCGACGGGUACUCUAUAUGUGCAGGAAAUUCAUGCCAAAAGUAAUGGUUAGCCAGUAUGAACGUCAACUUCGACAACUUACAACAACCCUCUCGGAUUAUCGAGGACGACGAAAUUAUCCGAAAAUGUGGCCAGCCGAUUUAUCUACUUAUGAAAUCGUAAUUGAAGCUGAAGCAGGUCCUUUAAUGCUCUCUCCUACUGGACAGUUUAUAGUUCCAUCUUCAUGUCCAAGUUUCCUUUUAGUAAACUUUAUUACUGAUAAUUUAGAAGAAGCCACUAAAAGAUUACAUCAUUACAAUAACAUAAAAUAUGUAGAACGUGAACUACAUGACAAAACAGUCCAGGAAUUGGGAUUGACUGUUUUAAAUAAGGAUGACAGUAUAACUCCUGAUUUGAUGAUACAAUGCUGUGAACGCCUAUUAUUGCAUAAAAGCAUUCUAGCUCCUUUAUUGAAAGGUGUUAUGCUUUGGGUGACACAUUAUUACUCUGUCAUGAGUGAUGGUGUAUUAUGUAUUCCAUGGGACUGGAAACUUUGAGUUUCAGUGUAAAAUAUUUUCUAAUGUCUUCUUGCCGUUUUUAUCUUCGUACCGAUCAAUAGAACAAUGACAAAAAACUGA